GGACCGGAACCGGCCUUGGACCGGCGGCGGAGCCUGAGGCGGCUGGUGCUCCCGCCCCAUGGAGCGGCCCCCGGGGCUGCGGCCGGGCGCGGGCGGCCCCUGGGAGAUGCGGGAGCGGCUUGGCACUGGCGGCUUCGGGAACGUCUGUCUGUACCAGCACCGGGAACUUGAUCUCAAAAUAGCAAUUAAGUCUUGUCGCCUAGAGCUAAGUACAAAAAACAGAGAACGAUGGUGCCAUGAAAUCCAGAUCAUGAAAAAGUUGAACCAUGCAAAUGUUGUAAAGGCCUGUGAUGUUCCUGAGGAAUUGAAUUUUCUAAUUAACGAUGUACCUCUUCUAGCAAUGGAGUACUGUUCUGGAGGGGACCUUCGGAAGCUACUCAACAAACCAGAAAAUUGUUGUGGACUUAAAGAAAGCCAGAUACUUUCUUUACUGAGUGACAUAGGAUCUGGAAUUCGAUAUUUGCAUGAAAACAAAAUAAUACAUCGAGAUCUAAAACCUGAAAAUAUAGUUCUUCAAGAUGUUGGUGGGAAGAUAAUGCAUAAAAUCAUUGAUUUGGGUUAUGCCAAGGAUGUUGAUCAAGGAAGUCUCUGUACAUCUUUUGUGGGAACAUUGCAGUAUUUGGCCCCAGAGCUCUUUGAAAAUAAGCCGUACACAGCCACUGUGGAUUAUUGGAGCUUUGGGACCAUGGUGUUUGAAUGUAUUGCUGGAUACAGGCCUUUUUUGCAUCAUUUACAGCCAUUUACCUGGCAUGAGAAGAUUAAAAAGAAAGACCCAAAGUGUAUAUUUGCAUGUGAAGAGAUGACCGGAGAAGUUCGGUUUAGUAGCCAUUUACCUCAGCCAAACAGCCUUUGUAGUUUAAUAGUAGAGCCCAUGGAAACCUGGCUGCAGCUGAUGCUGAACUGGGACCCACAGCAGAGAGGGGGACCUAUUGACCUUACUUUGAAGCAGCCGAGAUGUUUUCUAUUAAUGGAUCACAUUCUGAAUUUAAAGAUAGUGCACAUCCUAAAUAUGACUUCUGCAAAAAUCAUUUCUUUUCUGUUACCAUGUGAUGAAAGUCUUCAUUCACUACAGUCUCGAAUUGAGCGUGAAACAGGAAUAAAUACCGGUUCUCAAGAACUUCUGUCAGAGACAGGAAUUUCUCUGGAUCCUCGGAAACCAGCCUCUCAGUGUGUUCUAGAUGGAGUUAGAGGCUGUGAUAGCUACAUGGUUUAUUUGUUUGAUAAAAGUAAGACUGUAUAUGAAGGGCCAUUUGCAUCCAGAAGUUUGUCUGAUUGUGUUAAUUAUAUUGUACAAGACAGCAAGAUACAGCUUCCAAUUAUACAGCUGCGUAAAGUGUGGGCCGAAGCAGUGCACUAUGUAUCUGGGCUGAAAGAAGACUAUAGCAGGCUCUUCCAGGGACAAAGAGCAGCAAUGUUAAGUCUUCUUAGAUAUAAUGCUAACUUGACAAAAAUGAAGAAUACUUUGAUCUCAGCAUCACAGCAACUCAAAGCUAAAUUGGAGUUUUUCCACAAAAGCAUUCAGCUUGACUUGGAGAGAUAUAGUGAGCAGAUGACCUAUGGGAUAUCUUCAGAAAAAAUGCUGAAAGCAUGGAAAGAAAUGGAAGAAAAGGCCAUUCACUAUGCUGAGGCUGGUGUCAUUGGAUACCUUGAGGAUCAGAUUAUGUCUUUGCACACUGAAAUCAUGGAGCUGCAGAAGAGCCCCUAUGGAAGACGCCAGGGAGACUUGAUGGAGUCACUGGAACAGCGUGCCAUUGACCUUUAUAAGCAGUUAAAGCACAGACCUACAGAUCACUCCUACAGUGACAGCACGGAGAUGGUGAAGAUCAUUGUGCACACUGUGCAGAGUCAGGACCGUGUUCUCAAGGAGCUGUUUGGUCACCUGAGCAAAUUGUUGGGCUGUAAGCAGAAGAUCAUUGAUCUACUUCCCAAGGUGGAAGUGGCUCUCAGUAACAUCAAAGAAGCUGACAAUGCUGUCAUGUUUAUGCAGGGAAAGAGGCAGAAAGAAAUUUGGCACCUCCUUAAAAUUGCCUGUACACAGAGUUCGGCCCGCUCUCUUGUAGGAUCCAGUCUAGAAGGCACAGUAACCCCUCCAGCAUCAGCCUGGCUGCCUCCCACAUUAGCAGACCGUGAACAUCCUCUGACAUGUGUGGUAACUCCUCAAGAUGGAGAGACAUUAACACAAAUGAUAGAAGAAAAUCUGAACUGUCUUGGCCAUUUAAGUACUAUUAUUCGUGAAGCAACUGAGGAACAGAGCAGUAGUAUGGCGAGUCUUGAUUGGAGUUGGUUAACAGAAUGACUCGCCAUUUGUUCACUGUCCUCAAGACCAUGGAAGUUGUUCUGGCACAUAUUCGAAAUUCAUCCUUUGUCACUGAAGCUGGUCUUCACAUACCAGUCAGUGGAAGAAAUGGCUGUGAUCAGAAACUACAAAUGACUGUACAAGCACAGUACCUUG